CCGUGAAACCGCAGCGCGCUAAAAAGAAAACACCGAAACGUCGCGAAAUCGUCGCACUCCUGGAAAAUUACUAAUUGAGUCUCGUGAUUAAGAAAAACGAGUUGCAAGACAUGACUAACCGCAUAAUGGAUACACUGGGAAUUUUUAUACUCAUCGGCUGUUUGGGAUUAUCAGCUGCGCAUGAAAUGAAUCUUCGAGAUCUUCAGCAGAAUUUGGCUGCCAAUGGAUCUGUUGUGGUGGCCCCCAUCAACAGCUCGGACACGUAUAGUGUGUCCAUAAACCUCUCCCAAUCCACCGUCAACAACUGUCCUUCGCUGGAAAACGCAGCCUCCUUGACGCAGAUGGAGUUGCUGACCCGUUUGACCGCGGACUGCCGCUAUGACAAGAUGGUGCCACCGACAGUCUAUAACGCAGAAGGCGAGGAGGUGCCUAUGGACAUCUAUGCCCGGUUCUACAUAUAUGUGAUGAAGGACCUGGACUCCAGUGACCUGCAGUUUCUGGUGCAGGGUCUGCUGCAGUUGCGAUACACGGAUCCGCGGCUGGCCUUCUCCAGUUACCUGCCCAAUCGAAGGCAGCCCAUAAUGGGGGAAGCGGGCAUAAAGAAGAUGCUCUGGGUGCCGCAUAUUUUUCUGACCAAUGAAGAGUCCUCCAGUGUUUUGGGAACCACCGCGAAGGACGAGCUGACCACCAUCUAUCCGAAUGGAACAGUUCUGAUUUCCACCAGGCUGCAGGCCAAUCUCUACUGCUGGAUGAACUAUCAGAAGUUUCCGUUUGAUGAGCAGAAGUGCACGACCAUCCUGGAGAGCUGGAUGUACAACACCUCGCUGGUGGCGCUUCACUGGGAGACCCACAAUCCUGUGACGUUCGACCAGCAACUGCAGUUAACGGAGUACAACCUGAUUGGAUCCCUGUACAACGAAUCCAUCAGGGUAUCCAAUAACUCGUACAUGUCCCAUGGUUCCCUGGAGGGCAACUAUAGCAUCAUUAGCUUCACUGUCCUGCUGACUCGAGAGGUGGGCUACUACGUGAUCGACUACUUCUUGCCCUCGAUCAUGAUCGUGACCAUUUCCUGGGUGUCCUUCUGGCUGCAGGCGGAUCAAACUCCUGCCAGGACUACUCUGGGCUGCACCACCCUGCUGUCCUUCAUCACACUGUCCUUGUCCCAGGAGAACGACCUGAUGAAGGUGAGCUAUGUGACCAUGUCGGAGGUGUGGUUCCUGGUAUGCACCAUCUUCAUCUUUGGCAGCCUGGUGGAGUUCGCCUUUGUCAAUACCAUCUGGCGAAGGAACAACGACCUGCAGCUCAAAAAGCGAACCACCAAGUACAUUGUGAAGUCCACCUUUGUUCCGAAUCUGAAAAGACAUCGUCGCCAUGGCUAUAGGAGGACCGACAGCACCAUGAGUACCAUGAGCACCACCAGCAUGGACAAGUCCUGCGGUCCCAAUAACACCGUGAUCACCAUAGAGACUCCUAUUAUCAUAGGAGGCAGUCUCAGUCGAGAGGACUCGGCCAUUAGCUUGGACGAGCAGGAUGAGACUUCCACUUCGUCAUCCAGUGAGUCCACCAAGGAGAAGCCAGCCCAGACUUUUGCCACCAUGACGCCCAAGGAAGUGUCCCUGUGGAUCGACCGGAAGAUGCGGUUCGUCUUUCCCCUGUCCUUCAUCGUCUUCAAUGCCUUGUUUUGGACCCUGGUCUACUGCCUCUGAGGCGUUCCUCAGAGGAAGAGAGCCAAUUCUGUGAUCCUGGAGCAUCCUCACCCCUUGCCUCAUUAGCCUUAGUUAAGGUAUGAUGAAACUUGCAUUAAAAUUCGGCCGACUGACUAAAUUUGCUUUUGAAAGAUCUUCCCAUCUCCCAUCAAUAUCUUGUGAAAAACACCAAAAUGUCGCAAUAAACUUCCUCCAGUAAUGCAAUAUGAAAAUAUUGAAAAUGUUUUUCUCCCAGUCGGCCGAAUUUCAAGCAAGAGUUUCAUACCUUUAGUCCACAAAUCCCCGACAGGUGAUGGAGUUUCCCCUCUCAGGGCCGUACGUGUUAUGUAGUCUGUAUUUGUUUCUAAUAAAUUAUAUGUUUUGAUACAACACC